AUGAACCUCAAAAGGAAUGGGAAAAUUGAAGUUGAUUCGAUUAUCUCAAUCUCCUCUCACACAGCCAGCUCGAAACCCCCCUCGAAACCUGGCUGGCGACCUUUUUAUCUACGAAAGUGGGUGUUGAUUCUGUUCGUGAUAUCCUUCUGCGCAAUUAUCGCCACUCUCGAAGUCCUCAACUAUGUAUCCUCUGCCAAUCAGGGUCUUGCGUCCUCCGUUGAAAGCCGUCACUACCUAUGGACCUACGGACCAACCGCCAUUCUCACAAUUAUCGCUGCACUAUGGGCUCGCGUGGAAUUUCAAGCAAAAUCAAGCGCACCAUGGCAGGCGAUGUCUGAAAAGCCAGAAGAGCCUGAAAAGAGUGUGCUCCUCGACUAUAUAUCUGCAAUGCAACCCGUUGCAAUGGUCAAGGCCAUGAGAAACAGACACUAUGCUGUUGCUGCUGGAAUUGCCUGCUCGCUUCUCUUGCGCCUUCUUAUCAUUGUCUCAACUUCCUUGUUCAGCUUAGAGGAAGUGCAAGUGUCGAAAAGCAAUAUUCCAAUCCAGUUUCAAGGCAAUAUCACCACGCUCAAUGUUUCUGACUUUUCUACUGCGUUUUCCACCCCAUUCAACACCCUCAAUGGCAUUGUCUUUGAGAAUGUUUCCUACAUGGACGGCACCACGGCGAACCUCUCUUUUCCAACAUUUUCUGCUCCGACCAUUUCCAACGAUUCCGUCAUCACCGCAAAUGUAACAGGUCUCAUCUCCGAUCUAGACUGUGAGCCUGCCAAAUUUGAUAUAAAAAUUUGGCAAUUGCAGACACUUUGGAUCGGUACCAGGAAUCCCGGAGGAACCGGUCAGGUGGAGGACAAUAUUCUCUCGUCCUCAUCGUGCAAAAUUUACAAUGUGACGACUUCGAUGCCAUCCAACCUGGGGUCUGGUACCCAGAUCGUUUCAAUAACCCCUUAUGCCGCACGGUUCCAGUCUGGGAAAUGCAGCAACAGCAAUGAUCUGGAUGGCAAUCGCAUCGUAGUGAUAGCCGUGGAAGCUCAUUUGGGAGAUCCCGUUGAAUCUCCAUACACUGGCAAUUACACGGCUGAUGGAAUGGAGUACUUCAAUCAUUCUGAUUGGUAUAAGACGACGGUCAAUAUCACUGCGAAGCGUGUAGUUGCGGCGAUUUGCAAGCCGACUUUUUCAAUUGUCAGCAUGGUUGCAACAAGUAACACGACCGACACAACGUCGACUACCCACCUGGAAAUGACUGGAAUCAAGCGCACGGUCUUACCGGACUUGACAGCGUGGCAAGUUGCGAACAACAUUCUAGGAGAGGCUGAUGACAUUGAUUAUUCCCAGCCGAUUUGGAAUUCAGAUGAAUUUCCAGCUACAAAUAAGACAAUGGUGGAUGUUGACUACCCCAUACAACUGGGUGCCAAAUUCAUUGGAGAGACUGGAAACAUUGAUAAAUUGUUCGACGACGGAGUUCUUCUGAAUGCCUCCACGUCAUAUUUUCGUGCAGUGAGUGCUCAGCUGGUUCAUCAGGGGCUUAUAUCACAGUCGCAGUCGGCUUCUCGUGGCUCGGCAGUUGUUAGUGAGAAUCGAGUUGUUAUGACCCAGCUGCCACUCCGUGCCAUGGAAGCUUGUUUGAUUCUAGUCAUCAUGUUUGUAAUAACGAUGAUUGUUUUGGUACCUAGUGCGCAGUUGUCACCUUUCAACCCAACCUCUAUCUCUUCUGUCGCUGCAAUCUUGUCGAACAGUAAGGUGCUUCGCAAAAUACUCUGCGGAAGCAGUGCUAUGCCUUUGAAGAGGCUUUCUCAUCUCCUACAGAGGCGGCGCUACUAUACUGAGCCCACACCAGGGGGCUUUUGUAUCGCCGCCGUAGGCGAUGAAACAAAACGUCACAGCGACUCCAAUGACACCAAUCUCAAUACUAAGAAACCACAGUGGAGUCCAUUGCCAAAUAUUAUGGUUCGUGUGGUCGUCUUUAUUGUGGUGGCAUUAUUGAUAGUCGCUCUAGAGACUCUUUUGCAUGUUUCUCAAACAAACAAUGGACUUGCAGAUGUCUCCUCGAGUGAUGAAAGCAUUCACUACCUGUGGACCAUGAUCCCAGCAUUGAUUAUGGUUACUAUUGGCCUUCUUUUUGGAAGCAUGGACUUCAACACCCGGUGUUUGGCACCAUAUGUUAGUUUGAAACACAAGACCGGUGCAUCGUCGCAGUUCAUGACGGUGAAUUUUCUAGACUCACUAAGCACAACCAACAUCUUCAAUUCCAUACGAACGGGCCAUUUUGCCGUUUUGGCUGCAACUCUGGCUACACUUAUCACCUCUGUCUUGACCAUCGUCACAAGUGGUCUCUAUACAGCAGUCAACGUGACCGAAACGACCACCAUGGACUUCACCCCAGUGACAACCUUCUACGGGGCCGAUUACGGUAACUCGGAUUCCAGUAUCAGCACAGCAGAAUACAUCCUCCGCGAUAACCUCGCCUAUCCAAGAUGGACAUACAAAGAGCUUGCCUUUCCAAAACUAUCCAUGAACGCAACCACCAAAACAAAUGACUCGGGCUCGUACAUUGAUAUCGUCGUCCCCGCGAUGAGAGGAACCCUUGCCUGCAAAAUCCAAACAGAGGACGAAUUAAACGCCGAAUUCAGUUCAAGUGACAUGGAAAUCAGCUACGACAUCUUGGCUGUAAUAUGCGAUACAAACGGCACUUCCUGGACAAAAAUUACCCAAGAUGUCUCCCUCAAUCACCAGACCUUCUUCGGAUUUACGGCGGCAAUCGUGUGCCAGGGUAGCCCAGCUGAUGACUUGACCCUGAAGACUUUUUCCACUUUAUCCUAUAUAUGGGGCAAACUGCAGAACGACUCUAUUGAACACAUCACGGCUUUGACAUGUCAAGAAUCAGCAGAGAUGGUGGAUACACAGACGCGGUUCUAUCUUCCUGAUUUCUCCAUCUCGGAGACUUAUCCACCCGUUCCAGAUGAAUCGACUGCACGAACAGCAAAUAAUUACACAGUCGGCGACGAUUGGGCUGAGUCGGAUAGCGAUACCGGCGCGGUAUUUGAUCCUUUCUUCCAGGCGCUUAUUUUUGGAAAAUAUGCUAUUCCGGAAGAGUGGAUUGGCAACAAGGCGGAUAAUGAGAGGGUUAUCGAUGCAAUUAAGGCCCAAAAUAAGAUUGUUCGAGCGCAAAUUUUCAAUGCGUUCAAUCGGGAGACGGCAGAUGGGUCUGCUGAUUCCCCUCUGGUAGGGAAUGUUACAACGCCCGGACAACGGCGCUUGUUUCAGGAUGUUGUUUCAACGCGGGUUCUGGAUAUUCUGCUGGGUCUAUUACUGCUCUUGGGGGUUUUGGGUUCCGUGUUGAUGAAUACUGAUCAUGUUCUUCCAAAAAAUCCGUGUAGCAUUGCUGCUGUGGCAAGUCUUUUGGCGGAUUCGAACUUCCUGCAUCGGUAUGGUUCGGAUGUGGAUCCAAACAAUAAGGGAAUUGAAAAGCUUUUUGCUAACUGUCGGUUUUUUCUUGGAUUGUGCUAUGAUGGGCCUUUGAGGGGGUCUAAUGAUGAUAGAUUUACCAUUUAUCUUACGGACUAUGGGAUUGAGAAGAACUAUCCUUUGGCUCCCGAGAGGUGGAUUUGA